CAAACCUGAGUCACAAAUUGGGGGAGAAAAGAUUUUGUAAGAGAGAAAACUAAAAGGUAGCCAAGAAAAAUAACCAUGACUGCAACUUCAUCAGCAUCACAUCUUCUCUUUUCAAGUUCCCAAUCCAUUAUUUCUCGUUUCUCCCCCUUCCAACUAUGCAGGUUGGACGCCAAGACUCUCAACGGUGGCGUCAGAAGGAGUACAAAGGUGGCAGGUGGUGGAGCCGGAGUCCGGUGCAUGGCGGUGACGACGGAUGCAGUGACAAAGAGGAAGAGUGGGUAUGAAAUUGAGACAUUGACUAACUGGCUGUUGAAGCAAGAACAGGCUGGUAUUAUUGAUGCUGAACUCACUAUAGUACUUUCGAGUAUUUCAAUGGCGUGUAAGCAGAUUGCUUCUCUAGUUCAAAGGGCAAGCAUUUCUAACCUCACUGGAGUUCAGGGUGCUGUUAAUGUCCAAGGAGAGGAUCAGAAAAAACUCGAUGUCAUCUCCAACGAGGUGUUCUCUAAUUGCUUGAGGUCAAGUGGAAGGACAGGAAUUAUUGAU